GCACAGCCUAUAAGAAAUCAGGUUUCCUGGUUUCCUAAUGACUAAAUUUACUAUUUCAGCUCAAAGUUGUCCCAGUACACCUCCACAUAUUGAGAAUGCUCAUGUCAGUGGCAGAGGAAACGUUGUUGGGAGUGUUAGGAAGUACACUUGUCGCAAAGGCUUCAUGGACACGUCUUAUCCAAAGGGGACCAACAAAGCCAGAUGCCGUGAAAACUUCAGAUGGAGUCAACCCGGGCUCCGCUGCACGGGUCCUUGGAUCCGGAAGGAAACCGAAGCUACGCGCAGAGGAAGGAAAUACGUUGAGCUGACAGAAGAGGAACUGAAGCAUGUAUUUGCCGAUAGAACACUCAUCUUUCAAGUCAAAACCUGCCACGAUGCCAAUUUCAACUACGACAAAUACGAGACUCUUACAAAUUUCACGGACAAAAUAACCAUUGGGGGUGGGGGUAAUACUUACUGGAAGAUUUACCGUUGUAAUCAAAUAAAAGAAAAUAAUAUCGUUUCCUGUAAGGAGUUUAGAAGCUUCUGGAUCAAGUUUCAUGGCAAUAGAGUACAGAUGGGUAAAGGGAAUACAGUAGGGGAGAGAGAAGUUAUAUCGUGUGAACAUAAGUUCAAGGUCAUCCAUUUGAGAAUUUCAACUUACAUUCGAAAUGCUGGGACGUGGCUUUUCAAAAUACACGGCGGGUAGGAUCAGAAAUGUUAAAAUAAAAAUGAAAUCAUGAUGCCAAGGGCCUGGCCUGUUUGAUUGUUGUUGUUUAUUGAUUACAUUUACUAGCUUGUA